AUGACUUGGGAAACGAUAGCCAAGGACAAGAAGCGCCGUAUUGAUGAGUCAAUUCCGGCGGAAUGGCGCAUCAAGAUACCCGCGUACGAUGGCUCGAUGCUAAAUUUCCCUAAAGACAGCGGCAUCAUGACCCUGGAAGAACUCGUCAUUACCGAAUCUUCCGCAACUGAACUGGUCAACAAGAUGGCAGCGGGAGAGCUGACAUCUGUCGCCGUCACGACUGCGUUCUGCAAGAGAGCUGCACUCGCUCAACAACUGGUUAACUGCGCGCACGAGUUCUUCCCGGAGAUGGCCCUCAAGAGAGCCAGUGAGCUGGAUGAAUACUUUGCCAAGAACAAGAAGACCGUGGGGCCUCUCCACGGGUUGCCCAUCUCAUUAAAGGAUCAACUCAGAAUCAAGGGCCUUGAAACCACCAUGGGCUACACAGCUUGGGUGGGCAAGUAUGAUGAGGAAGAUUCGGUUCUGACUAGCCUUCUACGCAAAGCUGGAGCCGUCUUCUACAUCAAGACCAGUGUCCCUCAGAGUCUUAUGGUAUGCGAGACUAUCAACAAUAUCAUCGGGCGAACCUUGAACCCCCGAAACAAGAACUGGUCUUGUGGAGGCAGCUCCGGAGGAGAGGGAGCUUUGGUUGGGUUCCGUGGAAGUCUCAUCGGCGUUGGCACUGAUAUCGGUGGCUCCAUUCGGGUCCCAUCUGCGUUCAACUUUCUCUACGGCCUGAGACCCAGUCACGGGCGUCUGCCCUACGCAAAGAUGGCCAACAGCAUGGAAGGACAGGAAACCGUUCAUUCCGUUUGCGGACCCCUUACGCACUCGGUGGAGGACAUGAGACUCUUCGUGACUUCUGUGCUAGCGGAACAACCCUGGGAGUUUGACUCCAAGGUGAUCCCGAUGCCAUGGCGGCAGGCCGAAGAAGAUGCCAUCAAGACCAAGAUUUCAUCCAAGGGCUUGACUUUGGGCUUCUACAACUGCGAUGGAGUGGUCCUCCCUCACCCUCCCAUCCUUCGCGGUGUGCAGACAGUUGUCGACAAACUGAAGGAAGAGGGCCACACGGUUGUUCCCUGGGAACCAUACAAGCACGCGUAUGCUGUCGAUCUCGUCAACAAGAUCUACGCCUCAGAUGGCGGAACUGACGUGUUCGAGACGCUAAAGGCUUCUGGCGAACCCGACAUCCCUAAUUUUGCCGAUUUGAUAAACCCGUCUCUCCCCAAGCUGGACAUGAACGAGCUCUGGAGCGCAAACCUCAAGAAGUGGGAUUACCAGCGCGAAUACUUAGCUGCCAUUCGAGCCCUGGAAGAGAAGCUUGGCAAGCAGCUGGAUGCAAUCAUAGCGCCCAUCACACCCACCGCAACGAUCCGGCACAACCAGUUCAAGUACUACGGGUAUGCGAGUGUGAUUAACCUCCUCGACUUCACGAGUGUUGUUGUGCCAGUUACUUUUGCCGAUAAGGCCGUCGACGUCAAGAAUGAGUCCUUCAGCCCCCUAACGGAUGUUGACAGCACGGUUCAGGCAGAGUACGAUCCAGAGGCUUAUCAUGGCGCACCUGUUGGCGUGCAAAUUAUUGGACGAAGGCUGACGGAGGAACGUAUCAUGGCGAUAGCUGAGGAAAUUGAAGACACCACCUCUCUUCAACAACCCGCAUCGCCUUCACCUGACCUCUGUAGUGCAUCCGACCUUUUCCCUUCCGGCCUCGACCUCGCCUACAUGGGCGAUCUCUUGCCAUUUGAGACCCAUUACGGGGUGCUUGAUCUCUUGCGAGAGGACGCCCGUAUCGGCAACCAAGACCUCCUUGAUCAAUGCUUUGACCUUGAUAUUGGAGACUUGGUCAACCAAACGCUCAGCUCUGCUGUGCAGGGUUCCCAAACUGCGCCAGAUAACACAGCCAAUACCUCUGGUCAGCACCCACCACCUCGUCUGGCUGAGUUGUUACAUCUACCUUCGGCACUCACAGACUACUUCUUUAAAGAAGUAAUCAAGCUGUACUGUACUUGGGACAAUAGCUUCAACUCACUACGCAUCAUGAUUGGAAGGAUGUGGCAAUCUUCCGGGGCGCUUUAUCACACAAUGCAGAGCAUGGCAGCCAUCUGCCUAUCAGAGAGCUUUCCUCAUCUUGCCUCUACAGCAUCCGGAGAACGCUCUUGUGCUUUGGAAUACCUGCAACAAAACUCAACAUCCCCUUCAUGCAAGGAGGAGCACGCUCUGGCCACCUUCUUAUUCGGCCACAGCUCGAGCUGGUUUGACCCGCACGACCUGGCAGCCGACAAGCUCCAAGAGGCCGAAACAAUUAUCUCAUUGUGGUCCUUGCCGGAUAGCGAGUUCAGCUGGUCAUUCUUAGAGGAGGCAUUGGAUUUUUGGAAGAUGCUUCUUGCCUUUACCACAAAGACGGCCGAUGGAAAAGACUCAGGCCGGCAGACAUGCGUCAGUCCUUCUCGACUGACUGACCGCACUUUUCCCCACGCUUGGAAUGGAAUCUCUCGUGAGAUAGUCCAACUGAUGGCCGAUGUAGGGCGCUUGGUUUUCAGUGUGCGGACAAGCUUGCCAAACGUCCUCUUCACUAGUGAGCAUCAUAUCGACUUCUUUCGAGACACCUUGGAGAAGGCUGGUCGCCUGGAGCAGCAACUCCUCGCUUUUGUUGCGGCAGAGGCUUCGCGCAUUGUGGACCCUGGCGACCCCAACACCCCACCGACGCAUUUCCAGCACAUGGAUGAAGCUUUUCGAUACACGGGCCUUUUACAACUAUACCGCGUCUUCCCGGAGUUGCUUGCGCGGCGUUACAGGCCCUGGAACAAAGACGAGAUCCUUCUACCGCUAGAGGCUUCAAAAAUCCCCACCAGGCGCGAAAGAAGCGCGUGGUUGACUUCUUUGGCCACCCACGUCGUCCAGAUCCUGCAAGAGAUUCCUUUCGAGUCUCUUACGAGAUGCAUCCAACCCUUCGUCAUGAUUGCAGUGUCAGGCGAACUCCGGUACAACGAUCAAAUCCCUGGUUCCGGACCGAUACUCGAUGCGUCGAUAGAGACAGCUCGCGCUCGAAAUUUUGUCAAAUCGCGGUUGGCAGCUUACACACACGUCCUUCCUCUUCGCAAGGUUCAGCAGCAUUACCAACUUGUCAAGGAUAUCUGGACUGCCAUCGACAACGGAGAUGAGGAUGUCUACUGGGUGAACGUAGCUUCACAGAAGAAUCUCAGUCCUCUGAUGGCGUAA